UUGCCACAUGGAGAUUAUUGAACCACAAAAUUUGCAAGAACAUUUUGUUGAGGAUAAAAGCACUGGAAAGUACGCUUGUAACAAAUGUAACAGGCCAUUUUCUAAUUUUAUGAAAUUGGUUAAACAUGUAGCAAGACAACAUGGAAAUGAUGGGAUCUAUCAAUGUGGUUUAUGUCAAGAACUUGAAUCAAAAGAACCAACUGGUGUUGGAUAUGUUUGUUGUGUUUGUGAUGUUGUGUUUGAUGUUCCCAGAGAUCUUGAAGAUCACAUGGCCACCCAUGACUUAAUCUGA